CGCGUGCGCAGUGCCGCCACCAGCCAGCGCCGGGCAGGCAGGGAGGGAAGGAGGGAGGCAGGGAGGGAGCGGCGCUCGCGCGCCUUGGGCCCGAGAGGAGACAGCGCGGGGCCGCGCCGGGCCGGCAGCAGGAAUCAUGACGACCUCAGGAAAAGAGAAUUUCCGGCUGAAGAGCUACAAGAACAAAUCUCUAAACCCUGACGAGAUGCGUCGCAGGCGGGAGGAAGAGGGUCUUCAGCUACGGAAGCAAAAGAGAGAGGAGCAGUUGUUCAAACGCCGAAAUGUUGCAACGGCUGAGGAAGAAGCGGAGGAGGAAGUGAUGUCAGAUGGGGGCUUCCAUGAGGCUCAGAUGAACAACAUGGAGAUGACUUCUAGUGCAGUCAUCACCGCUGAUAUGAUUGAGAUGAUUUUCUCCAAUAGUCCAGAACAGCAGCUCUCAGCAACCCAGAAGUUCCGAAAGCUGCUUUCUAAAGAACCAAAUCCUCCGAUAGAUGAAGUCAUAAGCACACAAGGAGUGGUGGCCAGGUUUGUGGAGUUCCUGAAGAGAAAAGAAAACUGUACAUUACAGUUUGAAGCUGCAUGGGUGCUGACAAAUAUUGCCUCGGGAAAUUCCCUUCAGACUCGAAUAGUGAUCCAAGCAGGAGCUGUCCCCAUCUUCAUAGAGCUGCUUAGUUCAGAAUUUGAAGAUGUACAGGAGCAGGCAGUAUGGGCUCUUGGCAACAUUGCUGGAGACAGCACUAUGUGCAGAGACUAUGUUUUGGACUGUAAUAUCUUGCCCCCUUUAUUGCAAUUGCUUUCAAAACAGAAUCGUCUCACUAUGACCCGAAAUGCUGUAUGGGCUCUGUCCAAUCUCUGCAGAGGGAAAAAUCCUCCUCCUGAUUUUGCCAAGGUUUCACCUUGUCUUAGUGUGCUUUCCUGGCUGCUCUUUGUCAAUGAUACAGAUGUAUUAGCUGAUGCCUGCUGGGCUUUGUCCUAUUUGUCUGAUGGCCCCAAUGAUAAAAUCCAAGCUGUGAUUGAUGCAGGAGUCUGCAGAAGACUUGUGGAACUGCUGAUGCACAAUGACUACAAAGUUGUAUCUCCUGCCUUACGAGCUGUGGGAAACAUUGUUACAGGAGAUGAUAUCCAGACCCAGGUAAUUCUGAAUUGUUCAGCCCUGCAGAGUUUGCUGCACUUGCUAAGCAGCCCAAAAGAGUCUAUCAAAAAGGAAGCAUGCUGGACAAUAUCUAAUAUAACAGCUGGAAACAAAGCCCAGAUCCAGACGGUCAUAGAUGCCCAUAUCUUCCCAGCUCUUAUAAAUAUUUUGCAAACGGCUGAGUUUCGAACAAGGAAGGAAGCUGCUUGGGCAAUCACAAAUGCAACAUCAGGAGGCUCUGCCGAACAGAUCAAGUAUUUAGUAGAAUUGGGAUGUAUCAAACCACUCUGCGACCUUCUUACAGUAAUGGACUCAAAGAUUGUGCAAGUAGCAUUGAACGGGCUGGAGAACAUCCUGAGGCUUGGAGAGCAGGAGUCCAAACGCAGCGGCAGUGGCAUUAAUCCUUACUGCGCUCUUAUUGAAGAAGCGUAUGGCCUGGACAAGAUUGAAUUCCUGCAGAGCCAUGAGAAUCAAGAGAUUUAUCAGAAGGCCUUUGAUCUGAUUGAGCACUACUUUGGAACAGAGGAUGAAGACAGCAGCAUUGCCCCACAAGUGGAUAUCAACCAGCAACAGUACAUCUUCCAGCAGUGUGAGGCUCCCAUGGAAGGCUUCCAGCUUUGAGGUGCCCCUGUGCUGUGUGCUCCUCUACCUAGCCAAUCCUGUUGUCGAGCCACAAGCCACCCGUGGAGUGAUUCUCUCAAUGUUUUCCAUAACCCUGUUUGCGCUCAUUCGCUUGCCUUGUGCACAUGCUCUUACAUACGUCUGGAAAACUUUUGGCUCUCCGUGGCAGGAUGCCCCCUCCUUGGCAAGGGGUUGCCAGAAUCACCCUUCUCCUCUAGAUUCUGAAUCUCUCCACUAUCAUCUUCGUGGAGUUGAGGCACCUUUCUAUACUUUGAGAUAUUCCCUGUUCCUAUUACAGGAAAGUAAUCCCUCCUCCACUUGGCCCACCCACUCCUGGCAUCCAAGUGAAGGCUGCCUUUCUCUUGUAUGUGCUGCAGUGUGCCUGCAGUCCAGGGAGACAUUCAGCCUUUCUGAGAACGUAGCUGAAUUCAUCCCUCGUGUUCUCCCCUGGAUGCCUCUUUGGACGGCUGCGAGAGAUGCGUUAAACCUUCACAUGCAAUCUAUCUACCUUGCUGUAUGUGCCAGCUGGGGUUAUUGGCAUGAGGAACAUGUUACAAACAAUGGAGUAAGUUCUCUAUCCCCUGCAACAACAGCUGCAAUGGACAUGUUUUGUGGUUCUUAGGAAUACUGAACACAUCUGGCCCCAUCCCGUCUCAACACUGAGCUCCCAAGUUGGAUUGCAGACCACUGUGGAGAUUUGUAUACCUUCCCAAUUUUUUCCUCUCCAUCCACAAAAAAAGAACCUGUGAAUAGGUCACUCUUAACACCUCCCCAGAAAUGACUUUCCAAAACAGCUUCUAGAAUGGAGAAACUGCCCCCACUUCUGCUUACCAGCACAGUAUCAUCCAGCUGGGCCUUCCGUAAAAAUCAAGCCCUUUUUGGCUCCAUGCUCCAGAGUCUGGUCCCUGGUAUUCUAGUUAUGGCUGAAAAGUUCCUGUCUGCCUCUUUACAUUUUUACAGAGCGUGACUUGAACAGAUUUGUCAUCUGGAAAGUUAACUUCUGAAUACAGAAAUCUUAAUUUGUAAAACUUGGCACGAGGAGUGUUAAAUCUCCUUUUCAUUUUCACGAGACAAGAGCUUCCUCUCCAGCUCACCUGAUGGAAUAUAGUCCUCCUGGUCAAGGCCCUUAUUUAACUAAAAUGACACUACAUUUGCAGGAUAGUACUAUUACAUCUGGAUCCAUCUGGCCCUCUCAUUUCACUUUUCCCUUUCGCUGUUUAUGAGACUUCAGAUGAAUUAGCAUGGAACGCAUGGUUCCUCCAGGUGACAUCUGUAAGGCAUCGUUGACUGCAUGGCAGCUGCUGCACGCAGCUGGAGACUGCCCUUCUGCUAGCAGCAUGUUCUUGGCUCUGCAACCUGCUUGGAUCACAGACCUCUGAUGCAAAGGCCAGCCACUCCUCACUGAGUUCAGCUGACAUUGACACCAAGCUUUUCACACAAAGAUGGGGAGAUGCCGCCUGAUUGAAAGUGGCAGUUCCAUUUUGGAGAAUGCAAUGGAUUCCCUAGGCUGUCCGCUCCCCCCUGCAUCGGGCUAUGUUCUUUCAAGCCAUUUUGGAUGCUUGGAACACACAUUUGUCCAGUGUAAACAUUUCAAAAUCGCCACUGGCUACUGCAGCGUCAUGUACCUGUGGUAAAUGUUUGUGGCAGAACUGUCUUCAAGAUCCUCAUGACUCCUCUCAGUGAUCAGCCACUGCAAAAGCAAAACCAGCCCAUUGGAUACAGAGUUAUAAAAACACAUAAGUAACUUGUCAUACUGCUGAAAGAAGCUAGGCAAAGGCCUGAACAUCAGCUCUGUGUGACCAUUAUUUAAAUAAAGUCUUCUGUCUCUGCUUCAGGAUGGAGACUCUGACCUGUGUGGCCACUGCAGAAGCCACCUGCUGCCUCCCUAGCUAAGCCAGUUGGCCUCCACUUUCCCUCUCCCAGUUAUUUUCUCUAGUGCUGCUUUGUGCUGAAGGAACAUUUAGUUUACUGCACUUGAUCUGUAAAUGGACUUCAAUUCUUUGUAAUUUUAGGGGGUUAAAUUUGGUGGUUAAUUUAAAAAAGCAAAAAAACCCCUCAAUGUUGCCUUUACAUCACAUAUAAAUAACUGUGUUUCUCUUUUCUUGAAGGGUGAUAGAAGCACUGAUUAGUAGCAAAAUCUUGUUUUAGCUUUUGGAUUUUUUUGUGCUGGAUUUUUUUACGUGUAAAUUUCCAAUAACAUGUCAUUUCUAUAAGAUUUGUUUAAAACCAUGUACCUCUUAUUGGAUGGUAUAAAAAUGCUACAUAUUUUGUAAACAAAUCUGAGCAAAGUGUGUGUGCAUAUAUUCUGUAUAUUCAUAUAUGUAUAUUCUGUGUAUAUAUACACUAGCGUGUAUAUAUACAUAUAUACACACACACACAUAUAUAUACACACAUGCAUAAAGUGUGUGUAUAUAUAUAUAUACAUACCUAUAUCUCUAUAUAUAUAAGUGUUUUCUCUUCCAGGCUAGUGAAAACAAUGUGGUGCAUUGGCGUUUCCCUUCCCUGCCCCCCCAAGAAAGUAAUGACAAUUGCCUCUAAAUGAGUGAAUUAAAAAAGAGUCCAUUUAAGCUGACUGGUGUGCCUUCCUGUGUAAGGAGCCUGGCCAGUAUUUGUUACUUUUGCCGUGGAUAUGUGAAUUCAGAGCAGAUAAGUAUAAAUCUUUAAACUUGGUAUGUUUGUUUGAAGUGACAGGCCUGGUUGACGCAGGUAAUAUUGUUGUCCUAAAUACUUAGACUGUGUAAGGCAUUUGACUGGUACUGCAUAAUAUUUUGAGUGAAACCACACCAAUACAAGAAUCAACAUGGCACACAUUAAAUGGAUUAAAAUGUG